UAUAUUUUUGUAUCAUUUUUGUUUUCACACACAUACACACCCAAACACGUAGGUAUAUGUGUUAUUUGUACAAUUAUUAUUUUGGCCAGAGUAUACAUAUUAUCGUAUUGUGUACGAGGGGGUUCGCGUGAUCAACUGCAUUACGGACGCGUGUUCUUUUUCGCAUGUUGUCAACAUAAACAAUGCACUGUUUAUACCAUGCACAUUACACGUAUAUAUACACCGCGUACACCCAAUCUCGUUUCAGUCACAUAAUAGUAACAACGACGUAUACGUUCUUUUUGUCCGUCGGUUAGGUGUCUGUGUGUGUGUGUGUCUGUCUGUCUAUCUGUAUAUUGUAAACGUGUGUGAGUUUGUGUAUGACACUCGGUAUUUUGUUUGUUUUUUUUUUUUUAAUUUAUCGUUUCCCCUAGAAUUGUCCGACGUGAUACGUAUACCUCUGCGAAUACCUGUUUGUACCUAUAGAUAUAUCACCCGAUCUCUGCUCAACGAACUAGCUGGAGUGUGUUGCGUUAAUCCCUCGUUAUAUUUACUUAUGAAUGAAAACAAUAAUUUAUUUAAAAGUUUGUUUUAUCGUACGAAAUUGUUUAUAAUAAAUUAUAAAUCUCAAAAAAAAAAAUACUGUAAAUUUCAAUAUAAUAAAAACCUGUAUAUCGCAAAAUAAUACAGCAUGUGCUUGUUAAAUUAUAUGAAUACGUAUUUAAAUUACAUGAAAUUAAAUAAUUACGGCUACCGUCCGGUAACUGUGAUGGCAGAUAUGAUAAAAUGUUGUGAAUAUAUCGACAAAACUGAUAUUGAUUGUGACCAUUUUCAACUGAUUGGAAGCAGCUUAGAUUUGGCAGCACGAGAUUCUGGAAUUAUAACACUUCAGUACCUGAAUAUUUAUUCAUACAAUCGCCGAGGCGAAUGUGACGUUCGUGUCAAUAUAAUAUACAACAGAAAUGAGCAUGUCGAAUCUACAGUUAUUCAAAAGAUUUAUUUUGAUACAACAAUAACACAAGGCAUGAAAUGUGAAUUUCCUGAUGAGGACAAUUUAGAUUAUUGUAAUCCUGUAAAUUGCCAUAUGAAAUAUUCUGGAUAUCGAGGAUUUUUUAGUAUAGCAAAACAAAAAUGUGUACAAAUUCCAGAAUGCCAAUCGAAAAAUAAUAGAGAUCAAGCCUAUAUCUGGGUUAGCAACCAAUGUGCUGAUCUAAAUCAUACUAUUACACAAAACGACAUUCAAGAAGUAUUAUCUAGGAUAGAAAACAAUAAAAGUGAUGAACAAUUCCAAGCAUCCGACGAAAUUCAUCCAACCCAAAAAAUCCGUUGUCUUAAUGGAUAUUUGAACAGCAUUACGGAUUUAUGUGAAUGUGAUUUUGGAUGGGAAAAUGAAAAAAAUAGUGAUUGGAAUGAUUUUAUACCAUCUACUAUACCAUUUCAAAUGUGUACGGUCCCUAAGCAAAUUUCUAAAAAUUACAUUCAGAGCUUAAAAUUUGCUAUAAUACCAAAAAACUGUACAUUCAUAGAACUUAUUUGUUCAUUGUUAAUAAGUUGUGUAAUUAUAGCAUUUAUACAACUUUUUAUUAUCUGUUCGGAGCCAAACGAAAUCAAUGAUUGAAAAUAAUAUUGUUACUUUUUCA